ACGAAUCAUGCAGUUUUUAACGAUUUUAUCAGUUUGCGUUCUUGCGGUAGCCGCUCAGCAACAAUACGAUAACAAUGGACAGACAUUCACUACGAAUCAAUUUGCAGCCGCGUAUUCUACGAAUCAACAAUAUCAACCUUCCCAAGGUGCUCAAUAUGAUCAAUAUGGAUCUAGCACUCUUCAAUACAACAACGGAGCAACCGCUCAACCAAUUCAAUAUAACCAAAAUCAACAAUAUGGUUCCACGGCUCAGUACAAUCAAAAUCAAAUGCAAAAUCAGCAAAACUCGAAUCAAUAUUCAACGACAUCAAACAUGAACAACCAGCAAAACUCUAAUCAGUAUCAGCAAGGACAACAAAAUAAUUACGGAACACAAGCACAAUAUGACGCUGGACAAAAUCAAAUGGGACAAUCUGGACAAGUGCAAGGAUAUUCCAAUAAUGGAUAUUCUAAUCAAAAUUCCCAAAUGAGCCAGAGUCAAGCUAGCAGUGGAAGUAGCAGUGUCUCCCUUAUGGAUUAUUCUUUCAACAAUGGAAACUGUCAGUAUAAGGAUGGACAAGUGAUUGAAAAUGGACAGACUAGACAAGCCACUCAACAAGAACUUCAACAAAUUCAACAAUACAGAAACAGCGUUGAUCAAUACAUGAACCAAGUAAACGGAUAUGUUGGCCAAUGGAUUAACUCAGUCUUCCAAACUCUUCCAUCAGUCAACAAUUCUUUCCCAAAUAUCCCAACAAUGCCAACCAUGCCAACGGCUCCAUGUUUGUGUAACGCUCAAAAUUGUGGAAACACUACAAACACCAAUGCCAUUGGAAAUACCCCACAACGUGAUGCUUAUGGAAACCAAAUGGGAUCAAACUCACAAUUCCAGCAAGCAAAUCAAAAUGGACAAUACCAAAAUACUCAAUACCAGCAACAAAAUGGUCAAAAUGGUCAAAAUCAAUUCCAACAGUCGAAUGGCCAGAACCAAAACUCCCAAUAUCAGCAGACCAGCAACCAACAAAUGAACAAUCAACAAUAUCAAACUGGAGAUUAUCAACAGACCAACACCCAAUCAAUGGGAUCACCUAAUACAGGAACACAACAGUCGAAUAAUCAACAAAUGAAUGCACAGCAAACUCAGCAACAGCAACAGUAUUAUGGAAGAAAGAAGUAAUAAUGUUGAUGCUCAUAUUGUUCCAUUUUAAUAUUCUUGCCUCAAUUGUUUCAAUAAAAUGUUCCAUAUAC